CAUUCAAAAAGCUCCAAAAACUGCAUUGCGGUUGCACCGAGCCCAGUAUUAUCAACAAAAGGGAGAAAUUUUCGUGCGAAUAUCCACUUUUUUUUUUUGACUGGCUGUGUUCUCAUUUUAGCCGUGUAAACCGUCAACUCCUCCAUAAAAUACACAUCUCAAUCUUAUCGCCUCCAUUUCUUUUUGUCACUCAUAAUCAGAAACUGUUCUUAAUGGCUGACCACCGCCAAACUCACCACCAGCAAUACCAUUAUCCACACCACUAUGACCACCGCCAACACCAGCAGUACCACCCAGGUGAAGCCUUCAAAGGCAUGUUUCCUGUAAGGGCUCCAUCAAAAACUCAAGUUCUUACAUUUGUCACUUUUCUACCCGUUGGUGGCACUCUUCUUCUCCUCGCUGGUCUCACUCUGGAGGCAACACUCAUCGGCCUAGCUAUCACCACACUGCUUUUCGUAAUCUUCAGCCCCGUUUUGGUCCCUACAGCGUUCGUCAUUGGCUUGGCUAUCACUGGUUUCUUAACAUCAGGAGCCUUUGGAAUCACCGCUCUCUCUGCCUUGUCUUGGAUGGCUAAUCCUCUUCGGAGAAUGCGGGUCCCCGAACAGAUGGAGCAUCUGAAGCGGCUCGCUCAGCAAACUGCCGGCCAAGUAGGUCAAAUGAAUAGAGAAACGGCGCAGACGGCCUAUGCCAAGGCCCAGCAAACUGAAGGGCAGCUAAGGAUCAUAUUCAAAAGGAAAAACUGGAAAGGAAAUAGAUACUAAUAGAGACACGAAGGGAGUAGUGAAAACAUAAGCUUGCGGUUACAAAAAUGGUGUGCAAGGCCUUAAGAUCCAGUGGGCCGAAUCGGGUCAUUGUCUUCUACGUUGUUUUAGAGGUAAAGUUUGUAAUGCUAGUGUGGCAAAAACUGUAAUUAAGGACGCUGUUGAAUGCAAUGUUGUUCUUUCUGUACUAUUUGUUUAUAUGCUUUUAAGUUGUUCUGU